AGCAGUUGGGGGACAUUUACUGGUUUUUAGGAUUUAAAAAAAAGGACAGAGUGAAGGAUUAAAAGUAAGAAGGACCUGGUGAAACGACUGCCUCAAGGAUGGAGAUGCAAGAACCAGAAUUGUCUUUUGGAUAGCUCUGUUUAAAAAGCUUUGCACCCCACUUUGCAGGUCCAGGCAGAGAGCGAGUGGCAGCAGCGGGGGUCCCGAGGUUCAAGGGUGGCAGCUGCAUUUCAUCUGCACUGGAAAAGGAUGAUGAGACCCAAAGGUGCAGAGGAUGACGGAGCGGCCCUCUUCUGUUUUUGAGUAGAAGGAGGAGGACAAGCUGCGGCUGCAGACGCGCAGAAUGCCUCAGUUUGGUUAAUGGGAGCACUGGGAGAGGACGCAGCGCCCCGCGGUUCUGGAGCCCCAGUCUCAGACAGGUGGGGAUAGAGGAACUGGAUUUAUCCACUGAGCUCCCACUCUGCCCCCCAAAUGACUCACUAAAAUGCAGCUUAGCCAGUGAUCAAGCUGCGAGGGGCCUUGAUCACACACUUGGACUCCAGGCCUGCCCGUCUGACAAAAGCCCUGCAGCUGGAGACGACGUCAAGGAGCAUGAGUGUGGGAAGAAUCAACCGCUACAGCAUUGUUUCGUCAGAGGAAGAGGGCCUCCGCCUCACUACCAUGCAUGGCAUGAACGGCUUUGGGAAUGGCAAGAUCCACACACGCCGCAAGUGCCGCAACCGCUUUGUGAAAAAGAAUGGCCAGUGCAACGUGCAGUUUGCCAACAUGGACGACAAGUCACAGCGCUACAUGGCCGACAUCUUCACCACGUGUGUCGACAUCCGCUGGCGAUGGAUGCUGAUAGUCUUCACUCUUGUGUUUGUCAUAUCUUGGCUGGCCUUUGGGUUGGCCUUUUGGGUCAUUGCUUUGCUGCACGGGGAUUUGGACAACCCAGCUGGAGACGACAACUUCACUCCCUGCGUACUGCAGGUCAACGGAUUUGUGGCCGCGUUUCUGUUCUCCAUUGAAACACAGUCGACCAUAGGGUAUGGCUACCGCUGCGUGACCGAGGAAUGCCCAGUGGCCGUCUUCAUGGUCGUCUUCCAGUCGAUAGUUGGCUGCAUCAUUGACUGCUUCAUGAUAGGCGCCAUCAUGGCUAAAAUGGCGAGGCCUAAGAAGAGAGCGCAAACGCUCUUGUUUAGCCACAACGCGGUCAUUGCCAUGCGGGAUGGAAAGCUGUCUCUUAUGUGGAGAGUGGGAAACCUUCGCAAGAGUCACAUUGUAGAAGCCCAUGUCAGAGCACAGCUAAUCAAACCUCGGAUAACCGAUGAAGGGGAAUAUAUUCCGCUAGACCAGAUAGACAUUAAUGUAGGGUUUGACAAAGGUUUGGACAGGAUCUUCUUGGUUUCACCCAUCACUAUUCUCCAUGAGAUAGACGAGGAGAGCCCUCUGUUUGGAAUCAGCAAGCAGGACCUGGAGACGGCAGACUUUGAGAUCGUCGUCAUCCUAGAGGGAAUGGUCGAAGCGACCGCCAUGACCACGCAGGCUCGCAGCUCCUACCUGGCCUCUGAGAUUCUUUGGGGCCACAGGUUCGAACCUGUCCUGUUUGAGGAAAAGAACCUGUACAAGGUGGAUUAUUCACACUUUCACAAAACGUACGAGGUGCCGUCCACCCCUCGCUGCAGUGCCAAGGACAUGGUGGAGAACAAGUUCCUCAUGCCCAGCUCCAACACCUUCUGCUAUGAAAACGAGCUGGCCUUCCUUAACCGCGACGAGGAGGAGGACGACGACUUAGGCGGCGGGAGCAGAGCACUGGCAAAUCAGAGUCCGGACAGGAACAGCCGACAUGAGUUUGAACGUUUACAGGCCACCAGGUCGUUGGAUCAAAGAUCAUAUCGUAGAGAGUCAGAAAUUUGACGUUAACUCAUUGACCAAGCAACAGAUUCCUUUAACUUUAUCCAUGGAGUAAAAAUGCAGAACAAUGCAAAGUGCCAUAGGUAGAGCUAAGAAUUGUAAGAGAAUUGAAAACAAAUACAAAACCCUUGAACAGGGUUUUUUUUUGAAAAUGCAAGUGUGUAGAUGGCGAUGGUUAGUAAUGUCUACAAUUAAGGAAAAGAUAGACCCUCCUUCCUUCACCAAAACUUGAAUGUUUUUUCAUGCGGUCAUUUUGAGUUAAGAACGCUAUUUUUUUGGCAUGACCUUAUGAUACAUCUUAGGUGUAAAUAUAUUUCCUAAAUAAGCCGUUUUGUGUGCAGUACCAGAUUCAAAAGCACCUUUAAAAGUAGAACGUGUUCUUGGCCACCUGUAGUAAUGUUCUGGAUCUUCUCUUCAGCUCGUCUAGCAAUGCUGUAAUUUGCUGGACAAGCAUAAAGGAAGACAUUAAGAAUUCAGUCACAAAAGCAGAACAUCAUUUCGCAGCUUUGUUUUAAAAAACUCUCAUUUCUACCGGAGAGCAGGAAACAUUAAAUGUGCUUUUAGUUUGACGAAGAAUGUAACGAUCAACUGAAAUGAAACAGAAACAAACACUUUAUGACUUACUACAACACUUGCGAUGAAUUCAUACGUGUCAUUCAUGUCAUGGUUUUAACAUAAAAACCACAAAAGCAAAAAGUGGUGAAAAGCAACAUUCACAUGCUUUAAGGACAUGCUGGAGCAAUCCAGGCUUAUCCUGAUGAAGGUCACCCAUGAAAAGCUGUUUAUUGUAAUCUGACAAAAAACAACAACCUAAAGGAACUACAACCAUACUUGUGUAUAGCAUGUAAGCAACCAGGUCUUUUUUUUUUUGACUGGUAUCCAUAAACUCAUAUAUAUUCCAUAUGAAACUUAAGCAAUAGUUUGCAUUUUUGUUAAAAUGUGGUUGUGUGGAGCAGUUACAAGGCAUCAGUAUCUUAGCAGGAAUCUCAGUGUAGUAACUUCAGUCAGAGAUCUCUCUGCCAAAUCAACCAGUUAAAACAACUCAAAUUCUAAAUCCAAAUGCUAUAUAAAGUAUUUUGAGAGAUUAUAAUUUUAUCAUGAGAUUUUUUUUUAUAUCCAGAAAAGACCAUGUGCUGAUAAAAAAAAAACAUCCUUCAUCUAAUCACUAUCAUUUAGCUCAGGCAAAUAUCCUUUAAUCUCCUCAAUAUAAAGAACCAUUUUAAAACUGAAGAAAAAGUUGACAUAAAUUUGAUCAGGGAAAUGUUUAUUUAAAAUGUCUGAGCAAUAUUUAUGUCAUUGUAACACCAAAUUUAAAAACAAAACUCGGGCUGCCUUUAAAAUGCGCACGGUUUUAACAAGUCGUAACACAGAAGACGAUUGGUUGAGAAAAUAGACAAAGCAGAAUCAAUUGUAAUGCAUCUUGUGAAUUUGUCUUGAUGUAAAAAAUACCAACUGUAGCAUUCCCUCAAAACACAAGGAAUAUUUUAAGCUUAUGUUGUUCUGGAUGCUGGAUAACGGCUCUGAAACUGGCCCUGCACUGAGAAGCUGUUAGCUUGUAUCUUCUGUGCGAACAUCUCCAGUAAUUUUUAGGUAAAACAUUUACUGCUCGUAAUCAAUCCACACAACCUGUUUUCUGUUUAAAAUGAAUCUAUGCAUAUUACCCAAAUCAGGGGAUAAACAUCUAAUCUGUAUGUUAAACAAUUGUGUGAUGACAUUGCUUUAACCAAUAUCCACUGUAGGAAAUGAAAAAUGGUGUGAAAUCGGUUUCCAUCGGUAGAUGUUCCAUCAUGAAGAAAAAGGGAAAUUCAAAGGUGAAGAUAAGCUGGAAAUGGAAAAUGUCUGUUAAGAAUGAUUCAGUUUGCAUCGGUUGUGAUUAACAAAACACAUUAACGUACAGUUAAUGUGUUUUUGAUUCUUUCAAAGGUGGGAAACACCGUGGCUGUUACAAGAAUGAGAGAUGUAAACGUUAGUUAGAAAAUAGGAAUGUGAACAUAAAGGCAGCAAAUGACCGACUUCAUCUGAUUGGUUAAAAUCCCACUGUAGACAGACAUUUAGCUGAGAAAAAAAGAGCCGAGUCAGCUUAGAGAGGCAUAAAUAACAGCAAUAAACACUGAAGCACAUCAUUUUUCAGCCGAUUUAAUUAAAUGUGUUACGAUUUCCUCUUAGUGGAGCUUAUAAAUCCAAAGAAGUUUUUGAAGGGUGUAAUGGAAAUGGUCUUUUUUUGUUGUUUUUUCAUUUCAACUAUACCUGUAUCACUAUUAGUUUUUGUAUAUAUUUGAUACCAAAGUAACAAAGUGUUGCUUAUAAUUAAGUUAAAAACUGAUGGUUCCCACAGCAACCAUCCAAAGAAAUUUAGGCUGACAGUUGUUGACAGAAAUCAUUGAAAAAAGAAAAAAAAAAUCAAGUUUAAAGCAACAUUGUCUCCCCCUGCCACGGACAAUAGGAAAUGUAAUAGAUCCCAUACUGGAUGCUUCAUCAGAAUUCAUCACUAAGAAUAAUAAUAACAAUAUCUCGCCUGAACCGAUUUUUGUUGAUGUUCACACUCAUCUACAGAAGAGAGAAAAUGGAAUGUGGUGAAAUAUGACAACAGAAGGAGAACCAUAUAAUGGUUGUUACGUUGGUCACAAUGACUAAUAUUUUCUUAAUAGUCAUUUAAAUGGUAUGUCUGAUGAUAAUAUUUCUUAGUAAUUUGCUAGAUAAUAGAAAAAUGUGCAGUUGGGCAAAAAUAAGUAUUGAAUUCAUUUUGCAGGAAAAGAAUCGACAUAUUGACUUGAGAUUCAGACCAGAUGUUGGUAACAACCUAUACGAUCCAUAACUAGGAAAUUAUGAAAACAAAUAAGUCCACAUACUGUAUGAAGUAAUAAUGUGGCAUAAAGUGAGAUGACAACAGCUAUGAAUGAAUGAAAGCAGCGCAAAAAGGGACAGAAAGUUAAGAAUUUUAAAAUAGCCGGCCGAGAAGAAGGUUUCUCAACAUGUCCUGGUGAGUAAGAGAAAACAGUUGCAUUUCUAAACUUCCAAUAGUUCCAUUGGUGUCAACAUCUAGAAAUGGAAAGAGCACAUUUUCAUCACAAAGUGGUCAUGGCCGAGCACCUUCCACGAUUUUUGGCAGAGGAAGGAAAAGAAUUAUGAAAACAGCUGUCAAAGAGCCACGGACCAAUCACUGAGAGCUUCAGAUCAACUUCCAUUAGCAGAUUCCAUAUUGUUUCACGAAAACAAUAAGUGCACUCAACCGCCACUGCCUCCAUCAAUGUCUGCAGCGCAAGACUCCACUGCUGAAGAAGAAGCAUCAAAUGUGGAGAAAUGUGCAGAGAUGUUCUUGAUAAAAACCCAAAGAUGAAUUCAGCAAGGCGAUGGUACCAAACACUCAGCCGAGGGGGAUCUCGGUGCCUGUCAAUAAAGCUGCUAGAACGCCCCAGUAGUCAAUCAACCGAUCUGUGGAAAUCUAUGGAAAAAUUUGAAAAUCUAAAGACGGUUUAUGUUAACAAAGGGUCAAAACUCAAAUUUGAGCAAAGCACAUAACUCAGAUCAUAGUUAUUAACAGCUUUUCUAUUGAGUUUUUAAUGAAUUUCCUGUACUGUGUUAAAUGCUUGCUCCCUGUGUCGUUUCACUUUGUAACACAUCAUUUAUUGACUUUUUAAAAGUUAGAUUUCUGUGGAUAUUCUGGUUGUUGCCAACAUCUGCCAGGAAAGUCAAAGAAGGAGCUAAAAAUGUUCACCACUUAUUUUCCCUGCUGUUCAUAGAUAUUUUUGUUGUUGUUUGAUAAGCAUUUUUUUUCCCAACCUUUACUAUUUGUUAUGCUCAUUACCUUCUGGGAAGGUUGUGUAUACUAAAGUAUAAUAUUUCUGCACCUGAUUACUAAAUUGUAAAGGUAAUAAACGUGAAGAGUCUACAACUUCUUCACUAGAUCAAUUUGUUUUUGAUUUGUUUUCAAAAAGUUGUUUCAGCUUUAAUAUUGUUCCCACCAGCCCUUAAAGAGGAAGCAAACAUGAAGGUUUUAAUGAAAUGUAAAGGUUUAACAAAACAAUGUUACGAUGAACAUUGUCAGGCGGAUUAAGCCUGCUUAUUUUUAUAUAAGGUUCUUUUUUGAUAGAAAAAGCAGCAAUAAAUAUUUAUCUGUUUUUACCAGAGUAUUACAAAUGAAAUCACACCUGUAAGCUAAGAAUCAGUAUUCUUGUCUGAACCGUUUUUAUUUUUCAACUCUCUAUUUUCAUGAUUAAACCGUUUUAUUUUCUUUUUUUCUUUUAAAUGGAUGAAUGAGAGAAAGAAAGAAGAAAAAAAAACAAGGAAAAAAAACAAACUUUGACCUCUGUAGAAGUCUUCCUCUGUCCAGCAAAAUGUCUACUGGACGUUUGAUUUUCAUUGAAAGAAAUUCAAA